AGCUUAACAAUAACAUAUACAUAUGUACAAGGUGAUAGCCUAUAGUACAACUAUUGUCUGGCGAUACACAUAGAGGACAUAUUGUGGUGAGCGACGACUCCAGGAUAGGAGCAUCGCCUAUCGGUGGACAUGGACGUUAAAAAUGGCAUGAAUCAGUUUCAGAUAGAUGACCGAAUACAAGAUGUAAAAGGAACGAGUGAAUUUGAAAAAUUUAAAAACGACCAUGGAGAAGAGUUCAAGCUUACAUUUGAAGUUUUUGACAGGAACAGAGAUGGUCGGAUUUGUAUUGAUGAGUUAGGGAUAGUUAUGCAAGCAUGCGGACAAAAUCCGACAACUCAACAAAUCGAGGAAGCAAUGGUAAAAUUAGACAAAAAUGGGGAUGGGCUGGUUGAAUUCGAUGAGUUUCUGUAUGAUAUGUUUAAAAUUUAUAAAAACCCGAAAACUAUGAGUGAGUCAUUAGCGGCAGCGUUUGAACUUUUCGACAAAGAUAACAAUGGCUUGAUAGAUGCUAAAGAAUUUACGGAAAUUGUUAAAAAUCUUGGCUGUGACCCCUUAGGGGAUAAGGAAAUCGCCGAGAUGAUGGAGGUGGCUGAUACAAAUAAAGAUGGAAAAAUUGAUUAUCGUGAGUUCUGUGGAAUUUUAGGUCAUCCAUAAAUCAAAAAAAUUGCCAGUUUUCAUCAUUAAAGAAUGUCCAAGGCCACGUUUUUUCUACCAACUUGAAUUAUCCCUUUUGAAAUUGGGAUCAGGCUAACCUUCAAGUGGAAAAUCCGACAGAACACGUUACUUUAUUCCUUUUAAAGUGACUGGACGCCCCGGUGAUCGCUAAACAUGUUGAAAGAGAUUCGCAAAUAUGCAAAAUAAUGGUUAUCCUCCAUUGUGGUAUACUGUUAUGACUAGGAUGGUUAUUGUUGAAUACUUUAUGCUGUAAAAGUGAAGAAUUUUUGGUGUGUGAUAUUUCCUGUGUUUGCUUUGUGGAUAUAUUCGCAGUUUCAUCUCUGUGCUACUACACCUGACAUACACUAGAUAUUUUAUAAAACUACUGUAUGCUUUUUAAUGUGUAUGAUAUUCAGUAAAAGUAUUAUAUAUUUCAUGUUACACAACUGAGUAAGUUCAAGUGUAAGUCUUGAUCUUACAGUCUUGUCGUGUUGUACAAAGUACACACAAAAUACUAACACCUUCCAAGACAAAUUGAAAGUUAUAUAGAUGCAUCAGCACCGAAAUUAGUUAAACUACACCAUUCAACUGUUUCUUCUGGCACUCGUCAGUGAUGCUAAGGUUUUAAUAAGAGGCGACCAAAAAUGAAAUUUGAAAUAGGUCAAAAGUAACGCCAACAUCUGGAUUGAAAGGUGCAAAAGACACAUGAUUCAAUACAAAUGAUACUUUCUAAUAUUGCAUACUAUUUGGCAUACUACUAUUAUCAAUUUGAUGCUUAGAAAUACACUUUAAAAGCUAGUUAAGUCCUCAAAAUAUGUUUCUUAAACUGAUGAUUGAUUAAUCUCUUUUAAUAGACAAUACAAAAAAAACAUGUGAUAAAACAAUUUAUUAAGAAAUGGCAUAUUAUUUAUUUUCAGAAUAAUUUAUCAUUAAUUAGUAUGCAGAUAGCAUAAUCCAAAUUUCAUUUUAAAUGAAUUUUUUUAGUUAUGAACUAGUUCUCUUUAGUUCUAAAUCAAAAAUUAUUACAUUUAUUAAAUCAUGAGGUGUGACACUUUUUCGACCCAUUUUAGUUUCCAAAGUUGCUUCCUAUGUAUCAAAUCUUUUUUUGGUCCUCGGCAUCACUGACGAGUCCUAGAAGGACGAAAGAGCUAUACGAUGUUCCUAACAUCACUGACGAGUUCUAGAAACGAGAUAGAGCUAUAUGAUGACCCUAGCAUCACUGACGAGUCCUAGAAGGACGACAAACAUAUUUUAUGUCCAUAGCAUCACUGACGAGUCCUAGAAGGCAGAAAGAGCUAUAUGACUUUCAUCUUGGCUUUACUUUUUAUUAUCUAGCUCCCAAUUUGUAUUGAAAGUUUGUAGUAUUUGUUGUGUACUUUGUAAAAUCCUUUGAUCUCCCCGACGUCUGAUCGAUGAUGAAUUGUUGAAAAUUACUUGUAGCUGAUUCGUUCAAACUUAGAUACUGGUAUGCUGUCUUUAAAAAGGCUGAUGUAAGGGGGAUAACUUAAAUUAGCACUUUAAUACUAUAGCAAUAGGAACAAGCGACAGUACGCAUGUGUAUAUUCUAUUACGAUUAUUUGCCACAAGUUAAUUUGCAAAUUUGAAUAUAAAUAUAUUUUUUUAAAUGUCUGCGAAUUAACAAACAUGAAUUAAAUACACAUAAAUAAAUAUGAUGAACGACAGCCAAUUGAUGCUUGUUUACUUCCAUUAUGAUGCCAGUGUCAUGGAUCAAAUGUAGAUGGUAACAGUUAUGGAUCCAGGGCACAGACGACUUAAGGAUCAAAUAGUAUUUACUUAAAUAUUUGCGUCAAAGAAUUAUGAUGUUAUAAGUGAGGGAAUAUAAUUUUUAGAAAUUCAUUUUAUGUAUAAUGAGCCUGUAUUAGCUAUGAGAUUAACUGAAUCUUGAAUGAGUUUUCAUUUCAUAAAAAAAUCAUGAACCUCGCCACGAAUUGUUCAUUUUACUUCGCGUUUCCGUAUUCAUCACUUUUUUUUAAUUAAGCACUCAUGUAUGGUCAUUUAUAAGACGGGGAGAAACAGGAGUUAUACAAGUCCUAAACUCGAUAUUUUUUAGAUUAACGAUUCAACCAAUUCAGGUUAGAUGUGUUUACAGUUUGGCUGAUUAUUUUUCACGUCUAAGCUAAGAAAAACAAAUAAUUUGUAGUUGAAUUGAUUGUAAUAGCGGUUAAAGAAAAAGACAAACAAAGAAAAAGCACAUAGAUCUACACGUUGAUAACAUUUAUAACAGACAUUGUCUUUGAUGUCAGGAUACUUGCUUUAACCUGACACUUUUUUAUCCACAAACUAUUAUGUGUUUGAAUAGAAGAACUGAUGAGAAAACUAUGGUAAAAUCAGGGCAGUGAUAAAAUGUACAAUUGCGAUAAUCUAAAAAGUGUUUUCAGUGCUCAUUUAUCCGUGAUCAACUUCCUUGUUUGCGAUUUAAAUUCAAAAUUAUAUCAUCUUGCUUUGAUGAGGCUAAUUGAAGGUUAACUUUUCAAAAAGAAAUCAUGCAAGAAAUUCCUAUGUGAUUUUGUCAUUAAAUCAUAUGUAUAACUACACCGUCCAUGGUCAUCUGUCUCAGAUGACAAAGUAGUAUACAUAAUUGGUAUAGAUAUUCGUGCAUAUAUGUACAUGUUUUGUAAUUGAUUUUUUGUAAAUAUUAUAGAAUGAAAUUUUAUAAUAAAAUGUUUUGCGUAAA